CCGUGACCCGCGACGCGCGACACGGACGGGGACGUGCGCGUGGGCUCGGCUUUGCCGCCGCGGCCGUGGGGUUCGGCCGCGUCGUCCGCAUGGGGCUGUGCUUUCCGUGCCCCGCGGAGGCCGCGCCGCCGUCGCCCAGCCCGGAAGAGAAAAGAGCAAAACUUGCAGAGGCUGCAGAGAGAAGACAGAAGGAGGCUGCAUCUCGAGGGAUUUUAGAUGUUCAAUCUGUGGAAGAAAAGAGAAAGAAAAAGGAAAAAAUAGAAAAGCAAAUUGCUACGUCGGGGCCUCCGCCAGCAGGUGGACUAAGAUGGACAGUUUCGUAAAGGGUAGCGUGAACGGAAGAGCCUACUGCAGCAACUGUCUGGCAGCUGCAAUCAAGGGGACUUGUUGCAUUUCACUUCUUCUUCUUGGGUACAACAGUCAGCGUUUGUAAUAUUAGUGCCCUUUAUAGCAGUACUGAAUUUAUGGCAGUAUUGGAAAAGAAUUUGAUUUUCACAUUUAGAAAAUGGCCAAAUAAUUCAUUAAAUUCUCAUGUUCCUGAACAUUUCUGCAGGAAGUAAGUGAUUUAACAUUUUUCAUAGUUAAAAUAUGGAACUAAACAGCGUACAUAAAUAGCAUGUAAAAAUCCUGCUUACAUUUCUAAUACGAAAAUUGCAAUUAUGCUUUUCCUCCUUUAACUUAUAUUAGCUGCUUAUAGUUGUGCUAAGUAGCCUUGUUUGGCUUUUGCUCACUAAUUAUGAAGACUUUUGCUUAAACUGAAAGACUUAGUGCCUUCGAACUAAUCAUCAGGGAAAAUUUAAAAAUUUAUUUGAAGGGCUUAUCUGAAGGAACACUAACCUUUUGUAACUUACUAGGUAAUAUUUAUAGGCCAAUGCUGAAUUGCUCCUAAUUUUUGUGCAUUUUUAUACCUUAUAAAAUUAAUAUAUUUUACAAUAUAGUGAAGUUUUUCUUUGUUACAUUGAAAAUUCCACACGAGUGGGUACCAGUGGAGGGCAGUAAUGUGCUCUUGAAUAGUAACACAUUCAGCUUUACAAAGGUCUGUGUGAUAAUUAAGUUAAACCAAGACUUUGGGUGGGUUACAGUGACUGACUGGUAAUAUAUUUGUCUAAAUUUCCUAAGCAUUUUUCUUGUUUUAUAUUUAUGAAAGAAUAGUUACUGGAUUGGUAGAGAUGUGAAAUUGCCAAAACAUAAAAAAGAGAAAGAUGUAGGUACUAUGUUUUAGACAUAAUAAUAUUAGAUAAUUCUAAUGGAUGCAUAGAGAUUUUUAUCACAAGGUACAUGCAUUUCAUGUAACAUCUGUGCUUUUGGUUUUUCCUUUUACUAUAUCAUAUGUUAAAAUAGCAUUAUUACCUGCCAGAGCUAAUUCUGUGAAUGGCAAGGCCAUGUACCUGAGCCCUGAUUAAAACUAUAGGUGCCGAUGCCAGCAGGAACUGCAAGCUAAAAGGACUAGCUCACUUAAUUUACUAAGGAAAAGUGAGCCGCUAGUCUCGCCCAGCAGUCUCACAAAGACUGUGGUCUAUUGCGGUGCGUUGCACAUGUUUAUCUUAAGGGGGUUAAACCCUAAGAGAGGUCUGUUGAGUCCAUGUGUAUAAAUUCCCUUUUCUACUGUGGUAUGAAGUACUCUAUGCUAUGAAUAAGCAAAAUACAGUUACAGUGAGUUUUCUUUAUUUUUUAGAGGAUUGGUGAUAUUUUUCAUAAAAGAUUGUAAAAUCAUUGAACUGCACUUUAGAAAUAAAAUUUUUGACUUUAUUAUGACAAUUAAAUUUCUUAAUUUAAGAGAAGGAGCAGGGAGAAUUAAUAGCUCUGUGGACCUGGAGCCAGACUGUACCGUCCUCUGGUGCCCUCUGGUGGUGCUGUAGCAAGAACCAUUUUCUCUUCCCUACACCUUUACAGAGUUAGAACGGGGUUGUGCACACGGGUUUCUUCCCACGGGCUAAUCGGGACGAUGUCUCUUUCUGACCAUAGCUUACCUCCCGGUGACUUACUGCUCCACCGUGAAUGAUUAGCACACACACCGCUUUCUGGGCAAAAUGGGCUGGCCUGCUUCCACUGAUCACGGCUGCUUCUGUGCGUCUGAUCAGCUUCCUGCCAAGCCACCUGCAUUGCAGGCUGAAAUCACUUGGUGACACUCGAGUCUCAGUAGCAUUGUUAGGAAGGACAAGGGUGAGGAGAAAGCUGGGUGCUUGGCAAGGAAGCGCUAAAUGAUCAC